UAAAACAUGAUAGAGAAGGCGUUCGUGUUUAGUUUGCGAACCUGUCCUUGGAGGAAAGGCUUGGUAGGUGCGGUGUGGUGCUCGCAGCGGACUUAUACUCCUACUGCUGUGAUUUCACGUCUGCUGAGUGUUGCGAGUUGAGAAGUUAGCUUUCGGGAGCCAAUCAGUUAGUUACACCAGUUCAAUUCCUACACUUGUAGGAUUCAAGGAGUAGAUUAAGCACCGAACCGUGCUGAUAUUCCAAGUGUUUGCCGUUGAGGUAUCUCCUAGUGUAUAAGGACACUGUUUUCUAGACUUCCACCGUGAUGGGUGACUGCUACAAUCUGAUGGCGCUGAAAGCUCGUUUACAGAAGCAAGCUGAGGAGAACAGAGCUACAGUGUUGCCCAGUGUAAGCGGGCUAGGUGUUAUCCAGGGUGUCAUGGCUCGUAUUAGACUGACGCGACUAACACUGCGUGCGAUGGUUUUUAGCUGGCUCAAUACCAGAAGCAGCAGAGGCAGCAGCAACACCAAGGAUAACAACGACGGCGACCCAGAUGAACAAGACUCAGGCCAUGGAGAAGUGCUUCAGAGUAACGUGGAAUACAUACGGGUACCCGGAGUACCUAUAUUAAAAGAGACAUCUUGGAAUAUGUCGUUCUUGCCUCGUGAGAAUGAAUACAGCCCUUCAACGCGCAAGUAUACAUUGGUCUUUGACUUGGACGAAACCCUCAUGUGCAGCAGCCGCUUCCCCUUAUCAAGAGCUGCCAGUCUUGAUAGUACCACUGUCUGCUCUUCUGGCGCGACAUUUCACAUCUACGAACGGCCAUUCCUGACCUAUGUCCUCCUGAGAGCUUCAAAGCAUUUCGAUAUUGUUGUCUACACGACAAUGGAAAAGCCCUAUGCUCUGAAGGUGGUGACGUGGAUCAACCGUGACUUCAGACUAGUGAAGUAUUUGCUACAUAGGGAUCAUUGCGUACAGCGGGAAAGUGGCUACAUCAAAUGCUUGCAGAUGCUUGGUCGUGAUCUUCGUAAAACAGUUCUCGUCGACAGUAGCCCAACACAGUUAGCUUACAACGAACGAAAUGGUAUCCACAUUGAUGAGUGGUAUGGGUGCCCCAAUGAUAGAGGACUGUUGGAGUUGUGCGAAUUUCUCAUGGACGCUGCAUCUUUGCGUUUGGAUGACAUUCGACCACUCGUGGAUCGGUAUGCUAUGGGAAAGGUCGUUUAUCAGCUUGAUAGUGUUGUGGAUGUGGAGUAUGACUGAACGUGGGAACAGAGAUGUCCAAUAUGACAGCAGGGUAUUACCUGUAGAGUAUGCCUGGAUUACUUUUCUGCAUUGGUAUCUGUGUGCAAUAUCCUAUACCUUCUGAAGUCGGAAACAUCAACUCUAUCAAGCUUGUGAAUAGCUAUUUUUUCACUUGAUCUACCAGUACAUGUAUUCUGCUAUCCCCAACCAAGAACUAACUUGGAUACUGCACAUACUAUAAGUAGUGGUCGAGGAUUACAUCAUACAUUCAAUGGAACUUUGUAAUUCUCUGUUCUGCGCACGGGGCACACCAUCUGUAAUGGCAGAACUUUGCACACAAGAAGAGAAGUAACUAAUACUGUUGUUUGCAGACUUUCACGUACUUAACCAACAUCUCACUCGGUGUUGAGUUCUAGUGUUUCUUGUGAGCCUUCCUUGGCAAUUGGGCUAUGCCAAGUAGCGCGCUUGACGGAUUUUGCGCCCGUUGACAUCAUUCAUCCUUGUACUUCAUUUCAAAAAUCUUUUUUGCACGGAGGCGUUUAAAGACAUUGCAAGGAGGAUCUAGGAUACACAAUACUUCGAAGUACAUUAAUAAUUAUACACAUUUGCCUACAUGUACUGCUUUCAGCCAAAGUUUCGAGUGUCCUGCAUUGAUCUAUUCCUUCGCUUAGAACAUGCUGUCAAGUGUCGAUCAGUCAGGA